AUGCCUAGCGUCUCAUCCCAACUUCCCGACGAAAUCAUCAAAGAGAUUCUCACUCCUGCUCUUCACGUCCCUGACGCGUCCUUUGCGAGCAGCGCAUGGGUCUCGCCGUUCGCGGAAUACCAACUGACGUCGUCGACCGUUCUUGCUGUAUGCAAGAGUUGGCUGCGUGUGGCGACGCCACUACUCUACGAAACGGUGAUACUGAGAUCCAAGGCUCAAGCCCAGGCGUUAGCUGCCACCUUGAAGAAGAAUCCGCAGCUCGGCCUUUUCGUCAAAAAGAUACGCCUAGAAGGAGGCUACGGGAACUCUGUCUACGACAUACUGAAAAGGUGCUCCGACGUCGUGGACCUGUGGAUUACGACUUCUCUCCAUGCAACGGAGAGCGUUGGCGGUUAUGCGAGAGGUUUCCAACUAAUCAACCCGCGCCGACUCAUUCUCAAGGACGUGUCUUAUCCGCGGCUAGCAAUUAUCAGGCAGCUGCAUGGAAUUUUGCUGGAUGUGAUGAGAACUAAAUGGAAGAAGCUGGAUAUAUUUCAUUGGUCUGGCGGGCAUGGAUUCGAAGACUCGUUUUUGAAAGCCGUGGCAUCCUCGAAGGUCCCCACAGUAUGCUUUGAAGAAGACAUACUGAGGUAUUCGGCCUCCAUUCUGCCUCAACUUUCCAAAAUUCCGACUUUGGAAUCCAUCACCAUCCACACCAAACGAGAGAAACCUGAGUUCGACUCUCCGCCACCGGUUGACGACUUCCCAUUUUAUUUCUUUGAUGAACAUCGAGAACUAAACUCGGUCCUUAAAUCAGACAGGGAUCUUUACAACAAAGUCACUUUCGUUGAUCCCGAUCCAACCCCCCGACUAUCGGCAAGCCAAGGCGUCCGGACUUCCGCGAAGAAGGACGUUGCUUUUUCCGCCCCCCUCAAUCCGGACUUUCGUCCAUUGUCUCGUGCCUCUGAUGCAGAUAGGAAGCGCAUCUGGACAGAAAUCAUUCGUCACGCUGUUGACAUGGCCGAAACCUCUGGGAUUACUGGCUGGACAUUAGGAAUCAAACGUCAAUACGCCAAGUUGGAGGAAUUGCAUGGUUUGCAGAAAUUGAGAGCGCGGAUGACUCUUGCGUUGACACUCCAGUUUCUCUAUGCCGCUCCCAUUGUCAAAAGUGCGGAACAACUGGAGAUUCUGAUAAACUCUCGCCACAGAGGUCUCAUUCGUUUCCUGAAUCUCUAUGGAGGGAUGCUUCAGAGGAAUGGUGGAUCUGGAGGCCUCCUGAACGAGCUGUUGGUUCGAAGCUGUGCGGGUCUAGUAACGGUCUCCUCCUUGCAGUCUCCUUUUGUAGAUGCUGGGGACGACGUGGACGCGUUCUUUAGGACAUUCCAGUCUUAUGCACCGAGCCAUAGUCACCGAUCGACGCUGGCCCUCAACGCCUCCACUUUACGCUCCCUCGCCUCCAGGUCGUCCAAGACAUUGAAUCAUCUGCACGCUCAUGUUAACAUGUCCAACUACGACAAGGUCGCCGACAUCCUCCAAACCUACGCGGCUUUUGAAAACCUGGUCUCUCUUGAGAUCAACCAUGCAAGCGACUCCUCAUAUGGUCGCACAGCGGAGUCAACCCCCCCUGUGCCUUUGCUCCCACGUCUCGCCUUCCAGCGGCUGGAGUGUUUGGCAGUAGGGAAUCCGGACUCAAAUCUUCCAGCAACAUUCCUUCAAGCCUUGACACAAAUAGAACUUCCUUCACUUCGCCGUUUCGAUACUCUUGACAACAAAAUGUCUCCAAACAUCGUGUCCUUCCUCAACACACAUGGAAAGAAACUGACCGAGAUUUACAUUUCUCCUUUUACUACCCUUUUUAUCACUUGCCCUAACGUGAUUGUCUGGACCCUUCCCCGACCAGCAACGUCGCGUCAGAUCCCCGACUUCCAAUGUCUCCAAAGUUCCCCUCAUCAGUCACCAGCGCUGACCACAAUAAUGUUUUAUCACUCCGAACCCCGAGUUAUCGGGGCUAUUGCAGAAAUUGAUUUGUCACCUUUCAAAGAAUUGCGGAAGGUGCAAGCGGCGGGUCCCUUGGUUUGGCCCAAGACGCAGCGCGAGAUUGAGGGCAGUAGUUGGGUCAUCGCAGCAGAGGCUUUGACUGAGCGAUGGCCGAAUGUCAAGGUCUUCAACCAUUCCGGCACGCCAUGGACCCCGAGGUUGAAGGUGGUCAAAAGGAAGAAGUAG